AAGAAAAUAUCAGUAGUUCUAGCUCUAUUCUUAAAUGAGGCUAAGGUUUAGAUCUGCUGCUGUUUAUUGAAUCCCCAUCAUAAAUUAUAUCAAUACAUCUACACUAUCAAUGGUUUUUGUUUAAUAAAAAUGCAGGAUUUUAAAUGCUAUUUAAAUCUUUUUAACUACUUCAUAGAUUUUAAGGCUAGAAGAGAGCAUUAUGAUGAUCUAAUCUGAUCUCCCGCAUAACACAGGCCAAGUGACUCCUGUCUCAGGUUCCUAUCUUCUGGUUGAACUAGAGUAUGUCUUUUAGAAAAAUAUCCAGUCUCUGGAUUUAAAGACUUCAAGUGAUGGAGAUCCGCUACAUCCCUUGGUAUCACUGCACUCUUUUAUAUCCAGUCCAAUUGUAAAGCUGUCAUUUCUGCUUGAGAAACGUAAGAGGCUUCAUGCAGUGCCUUGUGGGGAAGAACUGUAGUUAAACGACUGUAAGUCAGAGAGAGCUUCCACAAUCCAAACAGAUGACGAUCAAUUCAUAAAUCAACCCAGAGCUUUACCACACUUUAAAGCAGCGGAAAGAAUGUCGGCGCGGGCCGCGGGUGACGUCAGAGGGGAACAGCGCAGAGCGGCGGCGGCCAGGCAGCGGCGGCGGCGGCCCCGGCACGGAGGAGGAGGCGGCGGCGGCGGCGAGAGCGGCCCCGGCCCCUCCGCCACCACAGCGGCAAUGGCGACCGUCGGAGAGCGCAGGUCCCUGCCCAGCCCGGAGGCGAUGCUGGGGCAGCCCUGGAGCCACUGGGUCGAUGCUGCUAAACUUCACGGAAACGAUGGAACAGCAUUGGAAGAAAGUUUCAAGGAGUAUGGGAAAAAUCGAGAAGCAAUGCGACUCUGUAGAGAAGAUAUGCCAAUAUUUGGUCUUUGCCCGGCACAUGAUGAUUUCUAUUUGGUGAUGUGUAACCACUGUAAUCAGGUCGUAAAACCACAGGCAUUUCAAUCACAUUAUGAAAGAAGACACAGCUCCUCCAGCAAGCCGCCUUUGACCCCUCCCUCCUCUUCAGUAUUUUCCCUCUUUUCAUCUUUGUCUUCAAAGAGCAAAGGUAGCAGUGGAAAUGGGAGCAAUCGCUCAUCCAGUGGAGGUACUAGUGCAUCAUCAUCCAAUUCCAAGUUGUUGAAAUCACCCAAAGACAAGCUGCAGAUCGGUGGAAACAAUAGGUUACUGCAUCCGGUACAGCACAGCAAAGUUCCCCACGAUAAAAUCAUGACUCCAUCUGUCAAAGUGGAAAAGAUUCAUCCAAAGAUAGAUGGUGCACUAUUGAAAACUGCUGUUGGUCCAACUUGUUCUACUACUGUGAGUUCCUCAAUAAAGACUGGCCUUAAUUGUCCCUCAAUACCAAAGCCACCUUUGCCUUCCCCUGGACAGAUACUGAUUGGUAAAGGUCUUCUCUCUGUGCCUCCAUUUUUGGAAAAGAAACCAGAAGAUAGUACAAAUAAUAGGAAAUUCUUACAUAAAAGAUUGUCAGAGAGAGAGUUUGAUCCUGAUAUAUACUGUGGCGUCAUUGAUGUGGAAACCAAGAAACCCUGUACUAGGUCUUUGACAUGCAAGACACAUUCCUUAACCCAGCGGAGGGCUGUACAGGGUCGAAGAAAACGAUUUGAUUUGUUAUUAGCCGAGCACAAAAGCAAAACCAGGGAAAAGGAAUUGCUUCGACAUUCGGAUCAUCAUCAGCAGAUGCCCCCUCUCAGGGAACCACAUCCCUCACCUUCUAAAACUUCCCAGGAGCUGCACCAAAAUUCUCAUGGACUUGUUCCUACAGAAUCAAAGCCUUUAGUACCUAAUAAACCCAAACCUCACCCCCCCAGUCUUCCAAGGCCUCCAGGCUGUCCAACCCAGCACAGCGGAAAUGCCCCUAGUGAGUCUCUUUCGGUCCAUGAAUCUCCACACCCUCCGUUGCCUGCAGCUGAGCCAGCAUCCCGUUUAUCCAGUGAUGAGGGAGAGUGUGAUGAAAAAGAAGAACAUGUUGAAAAACUGGAUUGUCGUUAUUCAGGUCAUCAUCCUCAGCCAGCCGCUUUUUGCACAUUUGGUAGCCGGCAAAUUGGAAGAGGUUAUUACGUGUUUGAUAAGCGGUGGAACCAUAUCCGAUGUGCACUUAACUUCAUGGUGGACAAGCAUCUUAAUUCACAGAUGUGGAAGAAAAUUCCCCCAGCAUCUAGCAACACGGCGUCUGUUCGUGCUCCGCACUGGACAAACUCAACGCCUACGUCACAGUAUGGUGUCAGUGCCGCAGGUUUCCUUUUACCCACCACGGUUAUGUCAUCACCAACACUGGUUUCUCCUUCCUGUGUGUCUCUUAAUAGUAAAUCAGUCCCACCACAUGGAACUACACUAAAUGCCAAUCCUCAUCUGGGUGCAGUGGACCCUGUCUGCAGUAUGCAAUCAAGACAAGUGUCUUCGUCCCCUUCAACACCUACAGUGCUUUCCUCAGUACCUUCACCUAUGCCCAGCAAACUUCAGAAAUUGAAAUCCAGCAAGUCUUUUAAACCUAAGGAAUCUUCUGCUAGCAGCGCCAACUGUAACAGCACCAAUAGCAACAGUAGCAGCGGCGGCUCAGGAAAGAAGCGUAAAAACAGUUCCGCACUGCUAGCACCUUCGUCUCAUUCCACAGAGUCCUUUAGGAAAAACUGUGUGGCUAACUCUGGGACCUCUUAUCAUUCAUCGCUGACAUCUUCGUCGCACAGUGUUGGCCUCAAUUGUAUGACUAGCAAAGCUAACUCUGGUAGCCUCAAACAUGACCAAUCAGGGAGGGGCCCUCCUACUGGGAGCCCUGCAGAAUCGAUAAAAAGAAUGAGUGUGAUGAUGAACAGUAGCGAUUCCACUCUUUCCUUAGGGCCAUUUGUUCAUCAGGCCAGUGAACUGACUGUAAAUUCACACAGCAGUUUUUCACAUGCACACACUUCCCUGGACAAAUUCAUAGGAAAGAAAAGAAAGUGCUCACCUGGUUCAAGCAGCAUAAACAGCAGCAAAUCAAACAAGGUUGCCAAAUUGCCAUCGGUGAACAAUGUUCAUGCAAAACACACCAGUGCAAUCACAGGCACACAGGGACUGAUGAACAAUUCUCUUCUUCAUCAGCCAAAGGCACGUCCUUGAUAGCUGAAUAUGCCGUGGUGAGAAAAGAACUGGACAACGUUCACUAUAAGCAAAACCUCCAUCUGGAAUUCUGGACUCCAAGAUGCCUUUGAGUUUUCCCAGCUUCCCGUGGUCCUCAGGUGCGGAAAUCUACUGGACUGUCAUUCAAACAAGGAAUUUCCCUGAAGCCAUGUCUGUAGCAGUGAAUAUUGUAAAUGGACACUGGAUGAAGUUCAGCCACAUAAUUGCUCUUACCAGUGUUAACAGUGGUCUGGACUGCUUGCUACAAACCUGUGAGAUUUUACCUACAGGAGUUCAUCAUCUUGCCGCUAUUUGACAUAGAUUGGCUGGCAAAAGAAUGUUUGGGGACAGCCAUUACUGUGGACUCUUUUUAUGCUAAUGGUGUCUUUUGUAGGUUAUUAGCCACCCGACAGGCGCUGUCAAUUGAAAGAACCCCUCCAGCGGGGGUGCAGUGUGUUAGGCACAAUGAAAAGAAGCCCUCAAGAAGGGAAUAUGGCUUUAGUGUUUUUAUAGCAGUGUUCCUUUAAUGGAACACAAAAAUAGCACAAUUCAGAAACUAAAUAGUCUGUGUUUUGCCCAGCCUUUUGCAAGUAAUUUGGGAUAAGAAGCUGUCAGGAGUUUCAAAAACUUUUAAAAACUUGUUUGAGGCCAUUGUUCGAAAAACAGAUAUAAAAAUAAUGUACUCUACCUGAUGGAAAAGUGAUUAUUAUUCUGAAUAAGAUUCUAUUGCAAAAGAAAGUAAAAAUUGUUAAUUUCUUUUGAUGAAGGAAAUCCGAAUGCAAAAGUAUCAAUUAACAAAGGCAAAUAACCUAUAAAACUAUUCCCAAAGAACGUAUUUUUUGACCUAUACUGUAUACCAGAAGCCUUUGUUACUUUAAAGAAGAACUCUACUCGUUUGAAUUAGGUUGGUUGUACCUUCCGGCCUGUAAAAACAGCCCUUUUAAAACUAAAUAUUUUAAAUGUUUAAAGAUUUUCUGAAAGCUUUUCAGUUAGUUUAUGCCUUGUUCUUGUAAUCAAAUCAUUAACCCUUGUCAUGCUUUCAGCUACCCACAAUCAGAUAUUUCAGAAUGCUACACUAGAUGCUAGUUAGCAGCUGAGUUCAGCUUUAAAUCCACCUGGAUGGGUUACUAUCAUCUUUUUCUCAGAUACAGAUGUUUUGUGAGUAAAGGGACUGUGCUAGGUUACAGUCCAGAUGGUCAGUUUUCACGAGAGAUUUUAUCUUGUUUUAAAACAUCUCAAAAAUGAAAUCCUUUAAAGGGCUUUACCAUUAUUAUAAUGUAAUUGAUUUGGAUAUUUUCAGUAAGCUUUUUAACAGUGAAUUUUGAGACUUUACUUGAACCUUUGUUAAGGGGUGAAGUAAAGGAAACAACUUCUAAAUCAAGAAUAUACUCUUUUGCCUUAAAGGGGCACCAGAUAUUGCUGAGAUCAGACAAUCUGAGCCUAUCAAAUUAUUCACGCAGUCCAGCCUUCUUCUCCCCAGUUUGGUGGCAAAUCAUACAUCAGGGAUUCUCAAGCCACUAAGAGCAGCAGGUGGUUGGUUGGUUACCUGUUCACGUUUCCAAGUUAACAUGACCUUGCUGCAGAAUUAUUAUGUACCGCAAAACAACAGCAAGCCUCUAUGCAGACACUUUAGCUUUGAGUUUAUAUAAAAGGUCACCAUGAAAAAACACUUCAGAUGUUUAUUAUGCAAACAUAAACUAACUGUAUUUCAGGAACAAAAAGUUGAAGAUGUAAUAUGAUGCCCAAUUGAAAGGAUUGUUUCCUGCACAGUGGGUGUGAAAUUCUGGCCCCAUGGCAGUCAGUGGUGCCAAGGUUUCACCCCCACGUUUCAGUCACAAGUGCAAUUUGGUUGGAUAGACUUACAUUUCAGGUGAACAGAAAUGUAUAUUCAUCAACCUUUGUGGCUUUAAGUGAUGGAACAUCUUUAGUUGUGUAAAGAUUAUGUUGAUCUGAAAGCUUAAUGGCAAGUCAAAGCUCAUUCAAAACCAUUCAGACAUUUGAAAGUUAGUAUUUAAUCACUGUGCUUCAUGUAGGGCCGGGUUUUAACUACAUAUGCAUUAGGGCUCGUAGUUUUAAUCUAUUGGGACUAGGAAGUGAGGCCAUCUUAAAUUUCGCCUGCCCUUGAGUACAAACCUGCUUAAAUAUUACAGGUUAGAUCUUGGUUCUAAACCCGAACACAGUUCCUGAAGCUUUUAUUGUCUCUCAUAAUUCUUACUGUAAAUAAUUAAGGAAGCUUAAAAUUAAUUUACCUUGCAAAAUUGAAUUUGCAGUGGCUGGGUUGUUUCUAGACAGAUUUUCGUAGUAAUUUAAGAGAUACAAUUUUAUAGGCUUUCCAACGUCUUGUUAUGACUCCUGCAGUUUUCUUAACCUAAAAUAUUGCUGCAAUGAUGAACAAAGAAUUAUACAAAAAACAUACUUUUGUAUCUUUAUUUUGGAAUUUCUUGUUCUAUUAUAAAUAUUGAAGUAUCCCUAUUUCAGAAGACAUAUUUUGUUAAUUGAUUGUACAUAUUUAAAUAUGUAUUUUUGCACAGGUCUUUUUUUCUUAUAUCCAGUUUUGGUACAAUUGAGAUCAUCUAGUAUUUAUUUAUUAAUUAAUUAAAAAUAGCAAAUACCUUUUUUAUCAUUUGAAGUGGUUCACUGCCAAGCUAAUAGUAACAUGCCUACUUUGCAAAUUAAGGGAUGCCUUUGUUCAGUGAAAGUUGUGUCCCUUUUAGUGUCUUGGGAGUGGAUACCCACAAACUAACGCCAAGAUCCUGCAAUUGGAUCCAUGCAGAGGUCUGCCGCAAGAAUCUGAUUGCAGGAUCAGGGUCUAAAUGGUCUAGAUGACAUUGCUUAUCAGUUGUCUGAUUCCCAGAAGACUACAUUUAGUUAAGUGACACUCUGCUUCUCUUUUUUUUAGUGUGUGUGUGUGUGUGUGUGUGUGUGUGUGUGUGUGUGUGUGCGCGCACGCGCAUUUGUAUGGGUCUCGUGGUUUAAAACUAAUGGAAAAACUGAAAGUGCCUGAUAUAACUAGUUUUACGCUUGGACUGUUUAGACAGCUUCUCCUUAAAAGACUUGAAUGUUCAGUUGAAAUUUUGGAGCUUGCUUUUUCCACCUAUAUAUUUCUAAAAUUUUAAUUAGAAGGGGUUCAAAAAACAAAAAUGACUGAUGCUGGUGAUUUUUGUAAAGCAUUUUAAAUAGAAUAACGUGUUUUGAAACAAGCCCGUUAAUCGUGCAUCUCAAAAUAAUGCCAAGGGUUAAAUAUUUUUUUCAAACAGAAAUUUACAGAACUGUCUCCUUUUUUUGGUUAUUCAUUCUUAAACGAUAUAGUUUAGAAAAAGAGAAUGUUGAAAAUAUUUUGUAUUCCAGGAAAAAAAAACAAAAAAACCAACAAAAAAAACCAGAUAAGUACCUCUUAAAACAAUUUAAAAAAAUGUGUGAUUUCCAAAUGUCAUUUCUACGGCAGUUGUCUUCCUCUAAGAGUUCUCUUGCCAAGGAAUCUCUGUUGUCUCUCGCUCAUUCUGUCCUGGGGGAGGGAAUCGGGCUUGAAAAAUUCUUAACUUUUCACUGUUGAGCAGAAAAUCAUUUUUACAUUUUGUGCGAAAUAUUUUACGUUUGAAAGAUAAUUUAAAAAUGAGCACUACAUAAUGUCAAUGUGAAUGUAGGCCUCAAAAGUAUCCUGCUCAGUGUUGAGCCUGGUUCUAAAAAGCAAUCUCCUGUGUAAAAUGUGUGAAUAGUUUAAUAAUUUGUAUACAUAAUCAAGAGCAUCUGAUCAGCUGAACUUUGUGGUGGCUGCUGUAUAGUACAUGAACAAAUGUCAUGGGAUAGAAAAAUUACUUUGGAUAUUUAAAAGAAAAAUAAAUAUAUAGUCUAUUUGUUUUG